GCUCCAAGACAAUUUUUGUAUUAAAUUGAUAAUGCAUAAAAUUUCUUGGUGCAAAUUAAAAUUUUUUGCGGCAAGAAAUCCUUUUUUUCUGCGUAUUUUAUCAAUUUAAUAUUGAUAUUUAGGCAGUCACGUAGUGACUGUAGGUUGCUCAUUAAAUAUAAAUCUAAAAAGAAAUUAUUAUCAUUAAUAAAUUGAUAAUUGUAUUAAGAUAAAUACAUUGUAAAUUAAAAAACAGAAAUUUUGUAAGCAUAUACCCUGAAGUAGGGAAGAUAAGCGUACAUGUACGGUUAUUUAUGACAGUAUAUGUAUAAUCAAAUUAAGACGAGUCGAUUCCCUGAAGUGAAGGUUACCCGGGUUAUACUAUUACGUACAUAAUUAUUAACAAAUUAUGGUAUAGAAACAACGUAAAAAAUUGCAUUUCAUUGUUCUUGGCAUGAAAUUUUUAUUUUCUUUCCAAUAGACCCAUGAAUAUUUUAUUUAAAGGAUGCAGGAUUUUUAUAUGGAUGAAAAUAUUUAUUGUGCCAAUAGAUUGUCUGAAGACUUCGUCGACAGAAUUAUUUUAAAAAAUAUAUUGGUAUCAGUAAUAUAUGAGUUUGAUAAAAUUUUAUGAAGUAAGAAGUCAUUAAUAUAAGACUAAAUCUUGACAGUUAUUAAUAUUUAGUAUAUAUUUCUCAAUAUGAAGUUUAAAAAAUAACUCUUUAUAUAAAUUCAUAAUAUCAGUAAACCUGUACCAGAUAACUGACGUCAAUAUAAAAAGAUGCUCGGUAAAAGAAAAUAUUCAUAAGCUUUUUGAAAGAAACAGCGUGAAGAUGUUUAAGUCGGUAAUCGUUUUCGUUCUCUUCAUCAUUUCGACAGUUAUAAUUCCAAAACCUUCAAAAUGUAUACAGUACACUGAUCGACUUUACCAUACACAACAGCCAUCAAAUAGUGAUUAUAAUAAUAAUUACAAUAAUCAAUUGGCACCUUAUUUAGUUAGUAUAAGAUUAAAUAAUGUCCAUAUUUGCAGUGGUGUAAUAAUUACCGAGUGGGACAUUCUAACAUCAGCACAGUGUAUCUAUUAUCCUUCUGUUAUAAACGGAUCAACUUAUCAAAUGCUUUCAAUUUAUCUUGGAAGUACAAACCGUUAUAGUAAUGGCUCAAUAUAUUACAUUUCCUCUAUUAAAGUGAAGGAGUCAUUUUCAGCGCAACGUGGUCAACUGCCAAUAUUUGAUAUUGCAACAAUUCGUCUUUCGGAACGAAUUAUUUUUCAUGAGACUCGUAAUCAAGCUUGCAUAGGUGAAAGAAACACUAAAAAAUCUACGAUAAUUAAUCAGCAAGCGGUUGUCGGCGGGUGGAUUGAUAACAAAUUCGAGACAUUGAAUAAUUUACAGUUAACUAAUUGGACUAUCAUAUCGGAUGAAGAUUGUGAUAAUUAUUAUUCAUUUAUGGAUAAAGUGACAAAUGAUGCAAAGAUUUGUGCAGUCAAUAUGGAUAGAGAUGGUGAUGUGAAUAUGUGUCCUGGCGAUUUAGGAAAUCCUUUGAUUGUCGAUGGUAAACUUGUAGGUUAUAAAAUGUGGCGAAUGGGUUGUAAUUUUCCUGAAGCACCGGUUAUUUUUCGAUUUAUUCUUCAUACCGAGUAUUAUGAUUGGAUGAAAGAAAACAUUCACGGAAGUUUAUGCUAGUUUAGCUAUAAUAUCUAUUUGAAGAGUAGGGGAGGGGGGAGGGCAAAGUGGGCCCCGUAAGAGAAAUAAUUAUAAUAUAUCAUUAAUGUUUUUUACGCGUUGACUUCUUCGCCUUCUUGCCUGCGACAAGUAAAUUUGCGUGCGACAAGUUUUCACUCACUUCGUUCGUGCGCUCAACUUAGCUCUCGUGGGCAAUCGACAACUUACCGCACUAGUUGCACGAUAUAGGGGAGGGUGGGGCAGAGCGGCCCCCCUGAAAUUUUGAUCAAAAAAAAAAUUUUUUUUUUUUCGACUAAUUACUUUAAAUACGAUAUGUUUGCGCAUUUUUACCCCUACGCGUGACAUUUUGGGCAAAAUGGACAAGCCCAAAAUUUUGAAAAAGUGAUUUUUUCAUAUUUUUAUCGUCAAAUAAAAAACAAUUAUUAUAAAUCACAUUUCUAGCCCUACGCAUAACACCUGGGGCAAAAUGGACCAGCCGAAACUUCCGAAAAAAUUAUUUUUUCAUAUUUUUCGGCCGUUUCUCUAUGUAAGAGGCAAAUUUGGUCACUAAAAAUUUAUAAUGAUUAAAUUUUUUUUUUUAGUUGAUAAAUUUUUGAAAUAAAGUAAAAUUAUAGAACUGAUUUUUUUUUUAUUAAAUAACAAUUAGUAAUUAAGGUAAUCGAGAGUGAACGAUUUUUUACGCUUUAAAAAAUUUUUUUCGAGCAAUAUAAAACCAAAAAUAGUUGUCAAGAGAAAGAAAUACAUUCUUAAUGAUGAAAACAAUUUAAAAAAAAAAAAAAACGAAAAAAAAAAAUUUGUUUAUCACUUUUUGAAGGGGGGCCGCUCUGCCCCACAAAAAAAAAAAAAAAUUUUUCAGAAUUUUGGCAAAAUGUCCAUAAAUUUGUUCGAAAUAGGACAAAAGUAAAGCUAUCUUAUGGUUGAAAGCCACAAAAAAUAAUAAUUGGCUUAGGGGGGCCGCUCUGCCCCACCCUUCCCUACUAUUAACUUUCUUAAUAAAUUAUAUUUAAUAAACAGUUUUGGUGGUCUAUUUUAGCCUUCAUUAUAGAAGAAAUUUCGAUAAGCUUAUUAUCCGUCCGAAUUUAUUGACGUAUAGAAAAAUUUGAGGGGCCCACUUUGCCCCCAAAUUUUUUUGAAGUUUCAAAAAUUUCAAGGGACCCACUUUGCCCCCUCCCCUCCCUUCUUUCCCUAUCAAUAAAAAAAGAAGUUUUUAUUGUCAAGAAAGAAAUUUCAUUCAAUUUUAUAUUAUAAUUUUGAUGUUAAGUACGAUGUGCCGAAUAAAUUUUUGCAACUAAUUAAUUUUUGUACAUUUUGUUUCUUAUUAAAAUUAAAACAACUUUAAUCUACUAUCAUCAUUCUAAAACCAAGUGUGUUAUAAAUGUAUUAUUUCAACACACAUUAAAUUUAUUCCAUGUUUAAGGCCAUAAGCAAAACUAUUGUUUAUUGUAGUCACUUAAGACAUCGCGUCCCUAAUGCCAAAAAGGCAUAUAUGCUGUAUAUAGAUCUACCAUAAAGCUAAAAAGGCAUAUAAUUUUUUUUUUUUUUGCUCAAUCGUUUAGAAAUGAUUUGAAAUGAAUAUUUUGAUAAUAAAAAAAAUUAAAACCGAAAAGGCCUAAAAAUAUACAUAAGCCUUUUUGCUUUUAGGCACAAUGAUCAUUAAUGCCAAAAAGGCAUAUAAAAAAAAAAGAAUAUUACCAUGAAGUUAAACCCGUGAAUUCAAAUUUAAAUAUACUAAGGGCACAAAUUAAAGUAAAAAAAAAUUUCGAAAUGUUUCAGUGAGUUUUGAGUAACUGUAUUUAUGUGAAUAAUGGUCGUAUCGUGAAUUAAAAAAAAAAAACAAAAUAUUUUGAAGCUCGACGAUUCUAAUUUUCAGAUUUUUCGGUGAAAACUUUUUAUGAGCCGCUUAUUGCUUUAGAAUCACGAAAUAGAUCAAAAAAAAAAAUUUUUAAUAUUAAUGCAAAAAUGGCCUAUAACAGCAAGCAUAUGCCUUUUUGGCAUUAAUUUCAUUUUUCAUUUUAAUUUUUGUUAAUAAAUAUUUAAUUGAACCAAUUCGUUGAUUUCAUUGAUUUUUUAUUUAUACGCCUUUUUGGCAUUAGCUAAAAAAUUAAAAAUAAAAUUAAUGCCAAAAAGGCACAUGCUCGCUAUUAUAGGCCAUUUUGGCGUUAAAAUUUUAAUUUUUGUUUUUUGAUCAAUUUCGUCACUCUGAAGCGAUAGGUGAAUUAAAAAAAAAAAAUGAUAUGCCUUUUUGGUAUUAGGGACGCGACAUGUUUCAUUGUGUGUUAAAUAUCUAUAGAUUGCUUAUGGCGUCUCAAUGUGAUUUGACAAGCCUGUUAAUACCGACUACACAUAUCUAAGUCAGUCAAAUUUUUUGAAAAUUCAUCACUUUCAUUAUAACAAAUAUUUUUAUAAUUUCAAUGAUUUUAUUUUUGGCUUUAUCUAUACUCCGUAAAAAAAAAAAAAACUAAUCAAUUUGAAGUUCUGGGAGUCCCUGGAUCGUUAACUAGUUAAUAAAAUUUUAAUUAAAAAUAUUUUUAACGUGAGUACAUCACCUUAAUGAUUCUUUGUUCGUUCGAUUUAAAAAAUAUCAUUAAAAAACAAUAAAGCUUAUUUUUUUAAAACGCACUAAUGUAUUUUUAUAUUAAUUUUUGUCAUCCAUAUAUCAUAUAAACGCUAUAUAUAAGAUAAUGUAUAACAAUAUUUCUGUACAUUGAUCAGUAAAUUUCAUUAGUAAAUCAUCACGAUGGAGUUACAAGCUGUGUCAAUUUUGUUACUUGCAAUAGCAACUGCUGUGUCAUCAAAAAAUCUAAAUUUCAUACCAAAUACAAUUGAAAGAAACUUAUUGACUAUCGAAGAAGCGCCUUGGCAAGUCAGUAUUCAAACCCACGGUGUCCAUUUCUGCGGCGGAGCAAUUCUGAAUGAAGAGUGGAUCAUUACAUCAGCACAAUGUAUUAUCGACAACACAGUUUCUACAUCAGUAAAAAUACACGCGGGCAGUUCAAAUCGUUAUUACAAUGGUUCUACUCACUCAAUAAACAGGCAAAUAAGACACGGAUCCUUUAAAUUUAAUGAAUGUAAAAUUCCAAUUUAUGAUAUCGGAUUAAUAAAAUUACAAGAUAAAUUAAUUUUUGACGAAACACGUCAGCCGAUUAAAUUGAGCCGCGGUAAUUUAAUACCAGAUAAGAAACGAGUUGAAGUAACGGCUUGGAAUGAUUAUUUUAACGACGAUAGGUUUUCAGUUUAUAUUGAGAAAAAUGAUUGGGAAAUUAUUUCUGAAACUGACUGUGGAAGUUAUUAUUAUUUUUUGAACAAAAUUCCUCCUGGUGUCAUGUGUGGGGUUAAUACUAAUAAUCUUGUAAAUAAUCCUUGCAUUGUUAAUGAAGUUGGUGACCCCAUGAUUGUUAAUGGCUAUUUAGUUGGUAUAAAAUCUUGGAAACCAGAUUGUUACAUUUUCCCUGACGCGCCAGCGCUAUAUACAAAUAUUACUUCUCAUUUAGAUUGGAUUAAAAGUACCACUGGAAUAAUACCAAUGGAAAAAAAAUUACUGCCAAAGCAAACUGAAGAUGACUACUAUCAGGUCAUAAGAUUUUGACCCUAAAUUUGAAAUAUGAAUAAUUUGCGUUCAAAAAAUCGCAUUAGAAUGUGACAUAUAAAUAUAGUUCAAUAAAUUGAAGUUUCCCUG